UCCCCCACCCCCGCGCUGCCCCCGCUGUGCACCAAAGGGGCCUGCUCGGCUGCCCUGUGCUAUUGAUUGCUACCGCUCUUGGGUCUGGAAGUCCUGAUUGCAAUCACACAGGCUCCGCGGGCCCCGAAAACCCUGACGGGCUCUCACUCGGCCUUGGUUGGGAGCGCUGCACUGGUCAGAUCGCUAUGCAAAUUGAGCCCCCCCCCCAAAUGCUUUGUGUUCCUGCUGGGCUCUGGCUGCGCCCUCCCAAGCCCAAACCCGGGCUCUCUCGGCAGUGCCUUUCCUCCGACCUGGGCUGUUGUGGAGCAGAAGGUUUGCUCCUUCUAUGUCCUGCCACCUUGAUGUUCCCUCUUCCUCAGACACCAACUGGACGUCCAGGCUCGGCCUCUUCUCAGGACAUGGACAGUGCCUAUGGUGAUUCUCUGCAAGGAGAGUGCCUCAGAAAGCCAGACAGGAAGCAGCUCAAGCUCUAUGGAGUGGGGGACCCUGUGGCCAUGUUCUCCUCUGAUAGCUCCUGCCUGUCCUCUAGAGGAAGAGUCAGCAAAUGGUUCUGGGACUCAGCUGAGGAGGGCUACAGAACCUACCAUAUGGAUGAGUAUGAUGAAGACAAGAACCCCAGUGGCAUCAUUAACUUGGGCACCAGUGAGAACAAACUCUGCUUUGACCUUCUGUCCAGGCGGCUGAAACAGAAUGACAUGCUUCAUGUGGAGCCCUCACUGCUGCAGUACCCGGACUGGAGGGGACAUCUGUUCCUGCGGGAAGAAGUGGCAAAGUUCUUGUCUUUCUACUGUAAGAGCCCGGCGCCCAUGAAACCAGAGAACGUGGUUGUUCUGAAUGGCUGCGCCUCGCUCUUUUCCGCUCUGGCCACAGUGCUCUGUGAGGCAGGAGAGGCUCUCUUGAUCCCCACCCCUUACUAUGGAGCCAUUACCCAGCAUGUCUAUCUCUAUGGCAAUGUCCGACUGGCUUAUGUCUACCUGGAGAGUGAGGUAACUGGAUUGAAUGCACGUCCCUUCCAGCUCACAGUGAAGAAGCUGGAGUUGGCCCUGCAAGGAGUUAAUUCUGAGGGUGUCAAGGUCAAAGGCCUCAUCCUCAUCAACCCCCAGAACCCUCUGGGUGACAUCUACUCCCCUGAAGAGCUACAGGAGUUCCUGGGAUUUGCCAUGAGGCACCAGCUUCACGUGAUCAUGGAUGAGGUUUACAUGUUGUCCGUGUUUGAAGAGUCUCUUGGGUACCGGAGUGUCCUGAGCCUGGAAAGGCUGCCUGACCCCCAGAGGACACACGUGAUGUGGGCCACCAGCAAGGACUUUGGAAUGUCUGGACUCCGCUUUGGCAUCUUGUACACAGAAAAUCAGCAUGUGGCUACUGCUGUGGCCUCCCUCUGUCGCUACCAUGGUCUCAGCGGCCUGGUCCAACACCAGAUGGCACAGCUGCUCCGGGACCAUGACUGGAUCAGCCAGGUGUACCUGCCAGAAAACCACGCCCGGCUCAAGGCUGCCCAUACCUAUGUCUCAGAGGAGCUCAGAGCCCUGGGGAUACCCUUCGUGAGUCGUGGGGCAGGCUUCUUCAUCUGGGUUGACUUAAGAAAGUACCUGCGCAGAGGCACCUUUGAGGAGGAGGGGCUGCUCUGGCGCCAGUUUUUGGACAACAAGGUGCUGCUCUCCUGCGGGAAGACCUUCGAGUGCAAAGAACCCGGCUGGUUCCGGGUGGUCUUCUCAGACAAGGAGAACCGGCUCCACCUGGGAAUGCAAAGGGUGCGGCAGGUGCUUGCAAGGCAACCUCAAGUGGUAGACGAGGCCUCUCCCUGUCACACUCAGGAGCCAAGUACCCAGUCUGUGUGAGCAGGCCAUUGCCUCACAAGCACCCACUGUCCCUCAUGACCUGGACAAGAAAGGCCACGGGAGAUUAAAUGUGGAUUGCCGUUUGUCGACAGGACUUGUCACUUGGCUUUGGCCUUGAAGAGCCCUCCCUGCUGGCAGUGUGAAGCUGUUUAAACUGAUGCUAUUCUGGGCUGUUGCUGUCCUCUGUUCAGUGGGACUGGGACCAGCCAGCCAGAUGCCUGUACUGUCAAUAGUGUACAGGAUAGGGAGUCCUGACUGUUCCUAACCACAGCUCCUCUCUAGGACAAGAGUAAACAAGCAACUGUUCAUUCUU